AUGCCGGGCUUUGCAAUCCCCUGUGUCCGGUCACCAACCAAGACAGAUGGGUUUUGCUGCACUUUGAGAGCCAGCAUUUUAAAGCAAACACUUCUGGAACGAGACGCCAGACGAGGUGGUGGUGAAGGAGAAUCCAAGGCUGCCCAAGAUAAAAGUUGCUCUCUAGAAAAACUAGAGCGAGUCAAAAAGCCGCGGAGGGAAGUUUUGUAUCGGAGUAGUUCAGAAGCGGACAACAGCAGAAGAGGGAGCCCGAGCGGGGCUCUGCUCCGCCGCUGCGGCGCUACCUACGGCUCAGGCUUUCCUGUCCUCCGGGUGCUAGUGAAAUUCUCGUCCUUCUGCAGAUGCUGUGGGAGGCUUCCUGAAGCAUUUUGCCCGGCCUUGGAGGAGAAUGAGAGUGUCCGUGACAGAAGGUGCGGCGACACCCGUCCACUGUACAGGGAUCUCUCCAGGCUGGUGACCUGGGCACACAGUCAUGGCACCAUAUGCGACCAAAUCCCUGCCUUGGAGACGGUGCAGAACAUGGGUCAUCCUAGCAAGGACAAUUCUGUCCUGUGGAUGUGUGUGCUUGGACACGCGUAUUGCUGGCAGUGUGAAGAAAUAUACGUCAGAAGCAGAGAAGAGAGUGAGGCUGUAGGAAAGAGAAAGAGGUUGGUAUCUUCCGAGGCUUCAUCAGGCGAAGCUAAUUUAGAUGAAAAGAGGUUCAGGAUGACCCCAUCUCUUGGGAGGGCUAAAGCAGAUGCUUUUAGCAGAGGGUCAUGCAGCAGUUCUCCAGGGGUCACUCAGCAGAGAGGCGACACAAUCUGCAUAAUAGAUAAUGAACCACCACUCGGACUAAACCGAAAAAAUAGCAAAUCCAUGAAGUCGGGCUUUGCAGCAGAGCAGCAUUGGUCAUUAUCUGGUGAUGAAGUCACAACUGACAGACACAAGGUGAAGAUAGAAAGUGACAGAGACCUACAAAUCCUCUCUGAUGAAGGACAGCGUGUAUCAGAUGAAGACGACCAAGGAGCCAGAAUCAGCCAGAGUAUUCUGUCAGAGGCACAAAAUAAAAGUGAAACCGCUCAGGCGGACUUGCAAAUGUAUCACAGUCAGCAGACAGCAUUUCCCAAGCCAGCAGCUGCCCAAACCACCUUUGCCCCCCCAGGAAAGCUGCCCCUGCCUCUCGCCUGCGCUCUGCAACCCCCCGCCAGCCCACAGGAGCUCCUGCACAGCAGCUUCCUGGGGCUGGGGCCUCCCAACCCUGCAGGGUCCAUGCCUGAACCUUCUGACACCAGAAGUUCCUCUGGGUCACCAAUACCCAAAGAACAUUUCAAACCUUCUCCUGUCUCCAACAUUGAAGUAAAGGCCCAACCCGAGUCACCCUCCUCCAUGACAUUCUUUGAGCUAGAAGCCACCAUAAGCCUCCAGCACCAGCUCCCGCAGAGCCCCUCUGAGCGCCGCACGCCAGAAACAGGCUUCAGCGGGAGCGUCACUGAAGACUCCGUUAAGAAGGGUGAAGCGUCAGGAUCCGGGCAGGCACCUCCCCCUGCGGCCUCCCUGAGCCCAGAGCGUCCACCCGCAUCCUCACACAAAAAUGUGUUGAAGAAGGGAGAGAAAAAGAGAAACCAUAACACUGGCGAUAUAAAAGUUUUCAAAGACUGGUUGGUUUUACAUUGCCCUUCUGAAAUACGUGAGAUCCACGAGCUGCCACCCCAAGACCUCGAUAGUUACCUGGCCUUGUUCUACGGUUGUGCAAAGAGACAGAACGGCGCAGAUUUUUCUGCCAGUUCUUUGCACUUCCUUCAGAAAAACAUAGAGAGAUACCUGACGGAUCACAACUACGGAUACAGCGUGGUUAAGGGGUUGGAAUUCAGAGCGUCCCAGGAAGCCUUCAAAGUAAAGUAUCAGCACCUGUCUCAGCAGCUGAAGGCGGGCAAGUGGAGUGUUGUGGAGAACCUGACAGAUGAAGAUGUGGAAGGUCUCCGUAAGAAGGGACUUGUAAGUAGGAUGCACCCCCAGGGCUUUUUGCACCUCAUGUUCACGACCAUCAUUAGGGGCUUUGGGGCAAGUACGCACAGUCAGGGCAAUGCUCUGUACUGGGGACAGCUGGUGCUGAGGAAGCCGGAGGGCGAGCUGGAGUACCUGGUCUGGAAGGAUGGUCUGAGCACGGAGGCAGAGCCGGGGGAGGCGGGUCUGCGUCUCUUUGCCAAGCCCGACGACCCGGGCACCUGCCCGGUCACAGAUUACAAGGAGUACGCCCGGCGGCGGCCGCCCGACAUGCUGCAUGACUGUGACCCCCUGUACCUGGCUCCCAAGGCCCUGUGCUCCAUGUGGGACCAGGUCUGGUACAGCAGGAAGUCCCUGGCAAAAGCCAGAAUAGAAAAGAUCUUGAGGGUUAUUGUCCAGCAAGUCAAGGAAUCUGUAAAGAAGUCCAAGAAAUAGAGGCGCCCGUUUGGUUCUCCUGCACCACUUUUUGU